AUGCCUGCCUCAAGUCGGAAUUUCGUGGGUUCUGGCUUUGGAACAAUAAAACUUGUGUCCACGAUAGUUUUAGCUCUACUUAUUCAGUUUUGGAAACUGUGUACCACGGCUGCUCUAGUUGUCUUUCUAAUAUUUUGGUUUGAAGGUGGAAUAGUGGCUUCUAUAACGUUUUUCUUAGCAAUAUUUGGUUUAUUUUACUAUGUACAGGAUAUGUUAUUAUACCAUCCCAAUCAACCGCCCAUGUCACGACUAUACGUUGAAUUACCCUCCACUCUAGGUCUUCCAUUUGAAAAUCAUUUUAUACGUACCCAGGAUGGUGUCAUGAUAAAUGCUGUAUAUAUACCACGAUUACAUCCAGGGGCAGCAACUCUUGUAUUCUUUCACGGAAACGCAGGCAAUAUCGGAAACAGAUUGCUAAAUGCAUAUAGUUUAUAUAAUUCAUGUGGUUUUAAUAUAUUAAUGGUAGAAUAUAGAGGCUAUGGUAAAAGUCAAGGAUCACCAUCUGAACAAGGUUUUUAUCUAGACAGUCAAGCAGCAAUGGAUUUUCUCAUUAAACGACCAGAAAUAAAUAAAUCCAGAAUAAUAGUGUUUGGACGUUCGUUAGGGGGUGGGGUAGCCGUACAGUUACUAACAGAGCCCUACUAUUCACAGUAUAUAUGUGCCUUAAUAUUAGAAAACACCUUUACUUCUAUACAGGCUAUUGGUGGUGUAAUCUUUAAAUUAGACUUUUUAAAAUUUGUUCCUCAAUUUCUCAUUAAAAAUAAGUUUGCAAACAGUAAAAAGAUCUCGUCAAUACGUCACCCAACAUUAUUUAUAUCCGGGUUAGCUGAUAAUUUAAUUCCACCCAGAAUGAUGGAAGAGUUAUAUCAGUUGUCUGGUAGUAGUUAUAAAAGAAUGGUACCAAUCCAGGGUGGUUCUCAUAACGACACGUGGAUGUGUCCUGGAUAUUUUGAAUCUAUAGCAAAUUUCGUCCAUGAGGUAAGUGUUGAUUUUUGA